AUGAUGAAAUCCUUGGACGAUUCUUUACAUUUGGAUUCUUCACGUAGCACUAUAACGGACCAUCAUUUAAGCCAACAAACAACAACCCUUUCCCUACACCCGAACAUAAGCGUACAACAUACUCAUCACAAUCAACAUCACCUACACGGUCACAACAGUGUUAUUUUAUCAACGAGUUCGGCGAGUGAUAAUUUUAAUUUAGGACCUACAGGUAGCAGUGGUGGUAAUAGUGGGGUACAUCAUACCGGCGGGGGAUUGGUUAGCGUAUCACAAAGUGAAGAACUAUCGUUAAAACUGGAAAAAUCAUCGGAAAGCACACCGAGUACAACAACGUCGGCAUCGACGACUAAAAAACAAAACGCCGGAAUCCGACGGCACGAAAAACCUCCGUUAUCAUACAUAGCAUUGAUAGCGAUGGCAAUACAAAAUUCACCGACGAAAAAGCUAACAUUAAACGAAAUAUACACGUACCUUCAACAGCGUUACGAUUUUUUCCGGGGAGCUUAUCAGGGUUGGAAAAAUUCAGUGCGUCAUAAUCUAUCAUUAAACGAGUGUUUUGUCAAAUUGCCUAAAAGCAUGGGGAGACCCGGUAAGGGUCACUAUUGGACAAUAGAUCCUUCGAGCGAUUCAAUGUUCGUGGAAGGUUCUUUCAGACGAAGACCGAGAGGAUUUAAAAGAAAAUGUCAAACUUUAAAACCUGGAUCAUUUCAUCCGGGAGCUUUUUUCGGGAGUCCGACGACGACAAUGUUACAACAAACUGCUCAUUUCGAUCAUCCCCUUCAUCAGCAAACAAUCGGAAAUCAACCGGACGGGUAUUCAACCGGAUGUACAUAUUCAUCUCAACAACCAACGUUAGGUCAUCAUUAUAUGACACCUCAAGCCUACGAUUAUAAUUUAUACCAACAAAACGAUAGGGAUUGGAACAAUGCCGCCGCUGCAGCACACAUGGUCGCUAGUUUUUCCGUAGGUUCUGCUUUUUCUUCUGAACAAAACGCUUACAUGAAACCAUCACCGAGUCCUUUACCCGAUCAGCAAUCGGCGGGUUCCAUAACACCCCCCAACAAUGAUUACUCUUAUCAUUACAACGUCCAAACAAACAACGAACACAUUCAAAACUUUAUUAUUAUCAUCGUCGUAAAAUUGGCAUUUUUAUGUCACGACCACGAUCGACCAUUUUUUUUUUUUUUUUUGUAUAUAAUAAUUGUUUGA